UAAUUUUAAUUUUACGUGUAUUCUUUUUUAAUUUUAAAUCAUUGUUUGACUAUGUAAUACUUAGAUAAGAUGUCUCGGAACUUGUAUAUAUGGAAAAUUCUAAAAUUCUAUUCAAAUGUUACUCAAAAAAAAAAAAAAAAGUCAUCUCUUAAAAAUAGUUUCAAACCUAAAAUAAGUAAGCAAAAUUUAUUAACAAAAAAUAUAAACAUAAAUAUAAACCGGGAUGGGAAUUCGGGAAUCAAAGAAUCUAAAUAACAUAAAAUGUUGGAAUUAAAGUUCUUGUUUCCCGAAAGAUGUUGGAAUUAGUCAAUAAGAGAUGAAUCAAUGUGAUUAGUCUCUUCAAUUCGUCUGCUAAUAUUAUUCAGUUCACAUUUGUGUUAGGUUAAGGUUUCCAAGGUUUGUACGUACCACUAUAAAUAAGUUGUUUCAUUUAUCAUUCUUACUCUAUCUAUUUAUAGCUUGUGAUAUUGUGCAAAUUAGUGAUCAUAUUAUCGAUUAGAGUUUGGCGGAGGACGUGGAGGUUAGUUUUUUUUUUUUUUCAAUCAUCAUUCACUAUCAUAUUGUAUUAAUGUUCUUGAAAUUUGUAAAUUGAUACGUUGUACUUUAAUAUAUACUAUGAAUCGGUAGAUAUCAUCUCAUUUUCCUUAAUAAAAUUCACGUAAUAAAUAAAAAUCUAGGUGUUAAUAUAAUUUGUUCAUUUUAAAAUUCAAAUUAAGUAGUGAAAGAAUUAACAAAAAUGACAGUUUCUUAUGCAUGGUCUUAAUCUUAAACAUGUUUCAGAUAUGACAACGCUUGUAAAAUUGGGUCCAGCCGGAAAAUCAUCGUCUAAUUCUUGUACAGCUUGGGAUGAAACAAGGAAGAUCACUCACAUUUUGAUUUCAUAUGAAACUGCUGGUAGUUCCUCUACUCGGAAUAUUGGCUGUAUAAGGUCGUUGCAAUUUCAUUAUCAAGCUGGUGGAGUCCGUGGAAAUUCUCCUGUUUAUGGCAAACAUGAUUCAGAUUCAAAAUGCUUUACUAUGGUUUAUUCCUACUUUCAACUCUUUUUACUCGUAAAAUGCAACUCCAUAAUCAUUGGCACCGAUUGCAUUACUUGUAGUAUAAAUUUUAAUAAUAAAACAUUAAUAAGAUUAAUGUUGCAGAUUAAACUUGAUGGUGCAAGCGAGUAUAUCACCGGGCUUAAUGGACGUAUUUGGUGUGAAGAGUACCCAGAUGAGAAGUGGAUCUCGUUGUUGACAAUUGAAACUAACAAAAGAAAAUAUGGACCUUUUGGAAAUUCACCACGUCUCUUAAAUAGAGAUCCUGAAUUUAACUUUCAGUUCGGACCAAGCAAUCAAUUUGGUGGAUUUCAUAGCACUUUUGGUAAUCCUGGUUCUAGAUUUACUAGACUCACGUCCAUUGGAGUGUAUGUCAAGCCUUAAUGACCGAAUUCGAUGUUGAUCUGUUUGAUCAGAUAAAUUGAAGAUUUCAUCUAAUAAUUACGACUUCUGUUGGUGUUAUGUAUUUUCAUUAGCGAAUUAUGUACUAUAUAUGAUAUAUCCCUGAAAAUUC